AUGUUGUCACUAGUCGCAACCGCGCCUUAUGCGAUUGCACUUGUUCUUUUUCUUUUUGCCUAUUUUAUCGGAUUCCCCUACAUUGAAUACCUUCGAGACCCGAAAGGUCUACGGAAAUACCCUAAUCUUUCUCCCUUUUCUGGAGUCUCUGCAUUACCUUUCAUGUUCAUGGCCUCGCGAGGCUUCCGAUCCAUGGAAUUGAUGCACCUGCACAAAAAGCACCCCGUGAUUCGAACGGGACCCAAUAUGCUCUCUUAUGGCGACGUUCGAGCCAUCAAAGAUAUCUACGGUCACAGCACCAAGUGUACCAAGGAUGGAUCUUACUCCGUUACCGCUGGUAGUCACUUCAACCUGGCUGAUGUCGUCGAUAAGCGUGACCAUGCCAGGAAGCGCAAGGUUCUCUCUUCAGCAUAUGCGCUCAAAAAUUUGGAGAGCUGGGAAUACAAAGUGACUGAUAAGCUUCAAAGAAUGUUCAAGCACUUCGAUCAGGUCUGCACCCUGGCUCCCAGGGAGCAUGUUGCAUCCGGCAAGGUCGCCCCCGAUCCGAAGGACCUGACCUUGGAUUUGCGGGCUUGGACUAACUUUUUUACGCUUGAUGCCAUUGCUGACAUUGGCCUCUCGGAGAAGCUGGGCUUCCUUGACGCUGGAAACGACGAGGUUGUUGCCGAGAGGAGAGAUGGCACAACCUACAAGACUAGCCUCCGUGAAGCUCUCUAUCCAACCGCCCGGAAGCAGUCGCUUAUCCUGUGGAACUAUGACUGGUACCCAACAAUCAACAAGCUUGUCAAUGUGGUUCCUUAUUUUGGGCGUAUGCAAAACGCAUCUGAUAACUGGGACAAUAUAAUGUGGCGCCGAGGCAACGAGCGACUACGGCGCUAUGAAGCCGGCGAGAAUCUCGACGAUUUCUUCCAGGCUCUGAUGGAAGAUAAGAACGGAAGCCCGAACAACCUCGAAUGGGGCGAAGUGGUGGCCGAGUGCAACAUUAUGAUGAAUGCAGGCAGUGUGACGACGGCGAUUGCCAUCACAAACGUGAUGUAUCAGCUUCUCCGGAAUCCGCGAUGCCUGAACAAGCUGCGGGAGGAGCUGAAUGCCGUUCUUGACGAAGAUGAUGUCGUUGCAGACUAUGACAAAGUCAAGCACCUGCCCUAUCUUCGUGCUUGUCUGGAUGAGUCGCUCCGAAUUUUUCCACCCACUUCCCACGGCCUGCCUCGUGAGACGCCUGCCGAGGGCACCAACAUCCUGGGGGAAUGGGUGGCAGGAAACACUUCCGUCAGCAUGUCAGCCUUGGUUGCACAUCGUGAUGAAGGUGUUUUCCCUAACGCUGACCAAUACAUCCCUGAGAGGUGGCUUGAGAGGAAGACCAAAGCUGUUGCUUCUAUGAUACAUCGCUACGACUUCACCUUGGCCUACCCAGGAUGGGAGUUGAAACGAGAGGAGACAAUGAAUCUUAUUCUGGGUGAUAUGCCGGUUAAAAUCUGGCGUCGCGAUUUGGGUAAAAUGGAAUCAUAG